CCGCCGCGGUUCAGCAUGCGGGCGGCUCCGCUGCGGGGCCAGCUGUCGCCGCCGGGCGUGUGCUUGGAGCCUGUGGCACGCCGGCCGCCUCCGCCGGAGAGGGAAGGGGCGCGAUCUGGCAGCGCUGCCCCGCGGAUCCUGGCCGGGCGAGGCGGGCAUUGCAAGCCCAGCUGUCAGGGCUUUUGAAAAGCAUCAGCAGCAACAUCCUUGUGUUGGAGGGGAAACUUCACCUGUGGAAUUUCUGCCCUUGCUGAAUCCAGCAUCAGCCGCAUCUCUCAUCUGCCACAGGUUUCUCUGAAACAGGCAGCCCUCUCUAGGUCCUGCUGAACCGCCACAGUUGCCUCAUCUUCCUACCAUGGAGUUCGCAGAGCUGAUCAAGACCACCCAGGUGAACGACGUGGUGCUCUCGUGCCCAGGUCUCGCGCCAGUCAAAGGGACCCUGUGUAUCACCAGCCAUCACCUCCUGCUGUCAUCCCAGGCAGGGGGGAAUGGGGAGCAGAGCCAGAUGGAGCUCUGGCUUCUAAUUCGCAAUGUGGAUGCCAUCGAGAAAAGUGUUCAGAAUCUAAGCUGGUAUCAAAGCCCCCGGACUAACAGCUCCCUUCAAGACACCAGGGUUGCCAAUGCUUCUGGCACAAUUACGCUCAAGUGCAAGGACUUGAGAAUUCUGCACCUGGAGAUCCCAGGCAUGGAAGAAUGCCUGAACAUUGCCAGCUCCAUCGAGGCCCUCUCCUCCGUCGAGUCCGUCAUGAUGACGUACCCCUUUUUCUACAGACCGCAAAGCAUGAAGCUGGAAAACGGGUGGCAUCUGUAUCCACUUGAAAAAUACUACCAGCAGAUUGCUUCAGAUACAGGCACUUGGAGACUCUCUUCCGUCAACGAGGAUUUUGCUGUCUGCCCCAGUUACCCCCCAGUGGUCAUGGUGCCAGCUGCAGUCGAUGAUGGAGCCCUGCGAAAGAGCGCCUGCUUCCGUCACGGGAGACGGUUUCCUAUCCUGAGCUAUUAUCAUAAGAAGAAUGGGACUGCGAUGCUUCGCAGCAGUCAGCCUCUCACCGGGCCCAACCGGAAGCGCUGCCAGGAAGAUGAAUUGCUGUUGGGCACCGUGCUGGAGCGAGGAGAUCGUGGUUUCAUCCUGGACACUCGCUCAACACAGGCUACCAAACAGGCUCAGAUGAUGGGUGGAGGCACAGAGCACAGGUCAGCCUAUCCGUGCUGGAAGAGGCUGCACCGGCCCCUGGAGAGGGGGCGUCCUCUCCAGGAAAGUUUCAUCAAGCUCGUGGAGGCCUGCCUCGACCCUUCCCUCAGUAUGGACCGCUGGCUGGCUAAGCUGGAAGCCUCCAAGUGGCUGUCCCACGUCAAGGAGGUGCUGAGCACAGCCUGUCUCGCUGCACAGUGCCUGGAGAGAGAGGAGGCUUGUGUCCUAGUACACGGAUCCGAGGGAACGGACACCACCUUACUGGUGACAGCACUUGCCCAGGUCAUCUUGGAUCCUGACUGCAGAACUCUGGCUGGCUUCCAGGGACUGCUGGAACGGGAAUGGAUCCAGGCCGGGCACCCAUUCUCCCUCCGCUGUGCUCACUCAGCCUAUUCCCACGCCCGUCUCAAGCAGGAGGCUCCCGUGUUCCUCCUCUUCCUCGACUGCGUCUGGCAACUUGGGCGCCAGUUCCCAUUCUCCCUGGAGUUCAGUGAGCACCUCCUGCUGACCCUCUUUGAACACAGCUACGCCUCUCCCUAUGGCACAUUCCUGUGCAGUAACGAUAAAGAAAGGACGCUCUGUGAAGUGAAAGAGAAGACUCAUGCUCUCUGGCCCUGGCUGAACCAGGAAGAAGAGAAAUACAGGAAUCCACUCUACUCUCGCAACUCUCUGGUCAUCUGGCCAUCAGUGGAGCCCCAAAGUGUGCUACUCUGGCAAGGCUUAUUCCUCCGCUGGAUCCGUCCAUCCCACUAUCUAGACGAAGCAUGGGCAGAAAUCCAGAAAAUAGCAAGAAAUAGCCGAGUUCUCAGAGAACAAUUGAGUGGGACCUCAACAAAGGACAUUCCUACACCGACCAGCUCAGGAGCAGAAACCCAGACUAUGGCCAUCUGAAGAGCCCCCAAAUCGGCAUCAAAAUUAGCACUGAUCUGCUCUACUCCCCAUCUUGAAGAUGGAGCUCUGAAAGGCACAAACACACAAAAAAGACUUCGGCUUGGUGCUGGCCACCCAAGCCAGGCCACAGAGUUAACCUUAGCCUGUUUAGGCAUGUACAGUUUUAUUUCAGCUUCUGGAUUGUUACAGACCAAAUUGCCAAUUAGUUAAAUACAACAGCCACCUAUUCGUGGUGUCCAAUUGACCAGGUUUUUAAAUCAUGAAACUCAAGCUCUCAGUUUAGAACAUUGGCAAAUGGACAAAGCCAGUUUCCCCCAGUUAAUUACUUCUGGAAUAA